CUUUAGAAAGACUUUAUCGUUUCGUUGUGAACUACCUUUAAACCCGUCGAUCUUAUAAAUCUAUAUUAUCACCCAGUGUGUAUGUAAUGUAAUGUAAUGUGAUAGGAUUCUUACUUAGCGUUUAAAACUAGGUUAUAUUUACAACUCAUUAUUUGUUUUGUGACAAAUCAAAUAUACGUAGGUACUUUACCUAUAUACAUGCUACUGCGCCGCAUUCAUUGCACCAGUGUGUACGAACUUUAAAACUUGUUUUUUGAAAAUUACCUGUACGGAAUAUUCGCAGAAGUUCAUACCGAAAGUGAAACUACACACACCCUCAUUAACCACAUAUCUAGCCAGCCAGCCAGCCACACAGCCAUUAAGAGAAAUGACAACAGAUAAUUCUGGGGUAAUCCUUUUCGACUCCCGUACCAAAGCGGUGAUGGCAGAAGUCCCGCAGUCUCAGGAAAACAUCAAAGAAAAGGUAAAUGCUGUUCGUGAGGUCGUCCUGGGGAAAAGUAACAACGAAAUCAUACUUGUAUUGCAGUACUAUGAUUACAAUGUUGAAAAAGCCAUACAGGCAUAUCUCGAAGAUGGUGCUAAGUCAGCCUUGACAGAAUGGCGUUUCUCUGGUCCCAAGGUUGCCAAUAAAAAGAAGAAAAACAAGAAGAAGUUGGGAAAGACGGGGAAUGGAGAUGACAUGUCCCCCACCCAGAACGGCGACGUUUCAGAUCACAUAGGAGAAGCUUUAGCCAAUGGGGUUCUCGAAAAUGGCACAUGUGCAAUCAAAUUAGGAAUAGAAGCAGAGACAACAGGCGGAGGAGGGGGCGAACAUAUUACAGGUCCAGAUCUCCCGGCCUCCGCUAGUACAGUUAACGGAGCAGUACCCUCCACAGUUCCGUCACAUGACCAGGGGGCGGGGGCUUCAGAAGUCACGCCCCAGUCACAUGACCAGGGAGCAGAGUCUUCACAAGCGUCUCAAUCUCUACCACAGAGACAACCUCAUCAAAAUCACCACAAGCAGCGCUUACAUUCAGGAUCUCAUUCAAGUUCCAACAGACAAAGGUCAGCUAGUGAGAGAAGUACUUCAUCCAACCCUUCAUCUGAUAGCAGACCAGUCAAGCGUAAAGUCCAUGGAGGAAUGGAGAAGUCAAUGAAGGACCUACACAGACAGACGGUGUCACUAGAACGGCUGAGGUUGGUAAUGAACGAGGAGGUGGAGAAGAACUUUAAGAGGAUCAAGUCUGUGUUUGAGGAAGUCAGGACAUGUCUCAACAAGAGGGAGGCUGACCUACUGGUGGAGAUGGAAAAAGUGAAGGCUGUAGCUAAUAAUACAUUUGCAUCCCGUCAAAAAACGGGAGCAGACCUGAAAGUGAUGGUAGAUCGGUCGGAGACGAUGAGUGAAGAGGAGCUCGCCAAACUUCGUACAGAUAUUAAACACUUCAUUGGUGAUAGGAAAAUUGAUGAAGAACUGAGUCGGACAACCCGUUUCCUGUACGAUUCAGAUUUUCUAAAGCUGGAAGUUGGACGUUUCGGUGAAGUUGUUCCAGCGAAGACUGCAUACUCCUCACAUCCGGCGUAUGUAGUGGUGAAUAAACCAACGGUGGAGCCCGCUCGUGUGGAGCCUCCCAGGGUAGAGCCAGUAGAACCACACCCAGUAGUGAAUCAAGUGUCAAAGGAUGAAGAGACGUUAACCUCUGAACAAGCACAUGACAUGGCCGAGUUACAAAAAAGAUUGAAGGGGUCGUUAAAACUACAGGGCCUGGACAGUACAAAUACAAACGAGAGUAGCAGGCCAGCCACAGCUCCUGCCUCUGAGCAGCCUUCUCAGUCUGGGCAAGCAUCCUCGACUCGUGGUGCAUAUGACCAACGCAGAGGCCGUCGGCAACGACCUCGACGUGAUGGACCAAGGGGUGGCUAUAGUGGGGAAGGUGGCUCUCGAGGGGGUUAUGAUGGACCAAGAGGUGGCUAUGGUGGGGACGGAGGCUCUCGAGGGGGUUACAAUAAUGAUGGAGGCUCCAGAGAGGGGUACAAUAACGAUGGAGGCUUUAGAGGAGGGUAUAACAGAGACGGAGGUCGUCGACAAAAUGAAUACUACAACAGUAGCAAGACUCCACAAGGACCUGACAACACUGUCCAUAUCGGUCGUCAGUCACAGUCCGGAGGGCGUGGCAGUAGAGGCAGUCCAAGGGGGCGUGGUUCAGGAAGACCCAGGAGUCCUAGGAAAGAUGGUCCCGGGGGACCCAGGAACUCCCCUGGAAGUCAGGGCGAUGGUGCACAGAGAGGCAGCAAUCGACCCGAGUCUAGUACAAAAUCUCCUACGCAAAACAAACUGGAGUCAGCUGUGGUGUAGUCGGACAGGACAUGUGCAGUGAUAGCAGUAUUCAGGCACUGGGGUUUUGGGGCCAGUGUGUUCAAUGGAUGUUAGGUGGGUGAAUAUCUUCAAUCUUAAUGAAUAUUCUUUGUUACAUUCACUUUUUGAAUAACUAUAUUUCUUCUAUAAAAAGAAUAUUGUAAUUAUCUUUGAGCAAAUUAUAUUUGCAUGUGUGGAUGAAUAUUUCUUAACAAAAAGUGAUGAAUUUCUUCAUGUAGAAUUGAUAACAAUUAUUCCAUUUAAUACUUGAAUUGGAUGUUCAUGGUACAUUGUAUAAGUUUUCAUCAACAUUUAAUGUUAAUUUUUUUUCUCAUGAAAACUGGAUGAAUGUUUUUGAAACAUUCCACUAAUUUUUAUUUUUUUUAUAUAUAAUGUUCCUCAGAACAUUGAUACACUGUUAACCUAGAUGGAAUGUGUGACUAGUUUUGAUUGAAUAUAUUUAAUUAUCGUCAAAUGGAUGGAAGCUUUAUCGGCCUAACAUUUUAUCAUUGUCAUUUGGAUGGAAGCCAUGCCACCCUAUUCAUUUUCCAAGAGUACGUAUGUUUUGUGUAGGCAAAAUAAGUUGAUAGAAUCACUUAAUAUCGAUGUUGAUUUAUUCAUGUGAUUAUUAUACAAAAUUUAUAUAUUUUAUUUGUCCAUAAAAAUGAAAAAAAUAUAUUUUUGCUGAAAGUCAUUAACAGUUUUUUUGGGAUUUAAGGAGUUGGUAUUAGCUGUUAAUUGUUUGAUGACUAUUUUUUGUCCAUUUCAUCAUCUGUAUUUUCAUCACAUGUUUCAUGGAUAAGUUGUGUUUGUCGGUUUAUGUAUUAAGGACUUAGACUUUUGUUCACAGUGACACAUGGUUGAAGUAUGGUAGAAAGUCACAACGUUUGUUUUGGUUUUAUGUCUCAGUUGUUUUUCCUCGAAUACAAUUUGUCAUGAAUGUAUCUCACACUGAAUUGAAUUGAUUGAAGCCAGAAAAAACUUACAGGUAAACUAUUUCUUAAGAAAUAGCUUAAUAUGAAAUAGAUAUUAAUAUAAAUAUGUCGUAGAAGAAAUUUUGCUCAUUGAGGAAGAAAAAAAUACAUUCAUUUUUAUAAUGACAUUAUUUUUUUCUCUCUGCCAAACAGCUUGAUAUUAAACAACUUUAUAAAGAUUUUAAAUCCAGACUUUUCUUUUUUUCUUGGCGACUUUUGAGUCUUGAAAUUAUGAAAUGUAAUUGUUGCUGUUAUGGUGAACAUUGUUUUUUUCUACCGAUUCAGUGCAAUGUCUGACAGCAUCGAACCCCUGUAGACAUAGAAGUCUUGGUAAUCUUUAAUGUAUGGAGGAGUGUAUUACCGUGAGGUAACGGGCUGAAGCAUUCAUUAUGUUUACUAUGGUUACCAUAGAACACUCACAUCUCAUGUGUUGUGCAAGAAAUAGUUUCACAAGUAACAUGUGCAAGAUAAGCAAGCACACUUUAAUGUUAAAGAUGGCGUGGGACUGAAAUUUUCGUACAUACAUUUCUGUACGUUUUUGUAAUUUGUUACCUAUGAUUGUUUUCAUUGUAAAUGUUAAAAAUUGAAAACAUGUCUCUUUUAUAUCUCACUUCUAUGAAAUGAUGUUGUGUAAUUGUUUACAUUUCAAGAUGAAGUUUAGCUGAAGUGCUAAUGUUUGUUAGGAUAGAAAAAAUAAUUAAUCUCCUACUACAAUAGAACCAGAAAACUUUGUAGAAUUUAUUUAUUUCCCAACUAUAAGUUCACAUGUUACAGGUUUAAGUUGUGCAAUACAGAAGUUGUAUUUCAUGGUCUGAAAAUUGCUUGUAUUACUAUAACAAGAUUCAACAGGUGUGUGAUAAAAGUAGAAAACAGGCUGUCAUAGUUGGAAUUAUGUUAUUUUGAGAAUAAGAGUUGUAUCCCUUGGACCAUUGUGAGCUUGGAUCCACAGAUGACACGUAAAAACUAAAUCAAGUUGAAUUUACAAUAUCAUCGACUUUGGUCUAGGCUUACUUUGUAUACGGGUUAAUUACUAAAAGUUUGUCUCUCUUCUUAUCAAAUUUCACUUACUACACCUGGUUUCAUUUUACCUGCAGAACAAGUGGCGUAGUUGUGCUGUGUUUAAAUUACUAGGAAUACUUUUUACAGUGGAAUUAACUUUCACAUGUUUAUUAUUGCAAUAUUAUGGCUUCCCUGAAUGACUACCUCUGAGAUCUCUGUCUGCAGAAACACAAUCAUGUUGGUGCAAUCUGCUGUCCGGUAAUUGUCUACCGAUACAAUAAUUGUUUAUGCAAAGUCUAUGCAGUAAGCUCUAUUUACGCACAUGUACUGAAGGGCUCGGAGAAAACAUUGAAGUUUAUAUCUGUUUAACAUUACAUGACGAAAGAGUUUCCCACUCUGAAUCUUAUAAAAUAUAUUUUAUAAAAGAAAACAUUUUCUUAGCAGAUUGAAAGGUUCACAAGACUAUUGAAAUUGUUUCUUUUGGAUAUUUCACAAUUAUUAGAUGUUUUGCAAAUUAUAUAUAUAUAUAUCUAUAAAAAAUGUAUUUAAAAAAGAUAGCCACAAAUCUCAAACACAGUGCAGACCAUUAACUCUGAUGUGUCACUUGGAAGUGCUAAAUGCAAUGCAGUGAUUAUUCUGGUCUGAAUGUAACCUUAACAAGAAAAACAUUUUGUUCUUUUGAAAAAAGAAACCAAACCACUUUUUGAAUAAAAUUUAAAACUUUUAAAAGUGUCAACUUGCAUUCAACUUAAGAAAUCAAAUUCUGAUGUUACUUGCAUGCUUCCACCUUUUUUUACUAAGCAUUGUCAUUAAUGACACUUAAUCAACUGCUAUAUCAUUACUAUACAGCAAUAUGAUUUGUAAAAUAAAAGCAAGAAAAGACUAUAUUUUAACCUGCGUAAUCCUACAUGCAAUAUGCUAGAUAUAUUGCAAUAAAGCAUGAUAUUAAGAGACGGAAUGUCAAAAAAAGUAAAUGCACUAUACAAUGUAUUGAGAAAUGGGUGUUUUAGAAAACCAUGAUAUUACCAAAUGUGAUAUAUAAAAUAGCAUAUACCAUUUAUUCACACAUUAUCUCUAUGAAAGCAAUAUUUUGGAUUUUAAAAAAACAUUGGUUAAAAAAUGAAUCUCUGAUUCCCCCAAGUUUAAAAUGACCCUUAUCAAACAAAAAUUAACUGCAGAAUUCAUUUUUUUUGGGUUGAUUUUUAGUUUAUGGAAAGGUUUUAUUUAUUUCUUAAUAGUAAAACAAAUAUCAUGAUGAUUUGGGGGAAUAUGUUUUUUUUUAUUAAAUUGUAGUUGUUUGAAUUGAUAGCGUCCUACAGCUUGUUUGGGGUACAUUUAUACAAUGUAUUACUAGCAGUAGUGAUAAAUGUGAUCCGUGGCCUGAUGAAUAUUGCAAUUUGUUUUGAUUUGAAAAAAAAGUAUCGUUGGAGAGGCCGUUCUGUUUCACAAUUACAGGUAAUUCAAUUUUAUUUAAAGACACCUAAGGAAAAACUAACGUGAACUGCAGUUUUCAAUUGUUGUUUAAUUUGUAUUUUUGGUGAUAUUUGCAUGAAGAAAAUAGCUUCAUGAUUUGUAUGAAGAAUUGUUAUUGAAAUAGUGUUCAAAUUUUUAACAACUGUAUAAUGAAAUGUGAACUAACAAAUAUUAUCAAAGAUCAAGUAUUACUGCAUCCGUAGUUAACAAUAUUUAUAAAUAUAUAUUUUAAUGCAUAUGACAGAGUUGUUGAAUGGAUUAACUAUUUAUUAUACAAGUUAAGGAUGGCAAUUAAUUCAUGUAUCUGAAAUAUUGUUUCUGAUGGAAGACUAAAAUAAUUUACUAGUAGAAUCUAGAUAAAGAAACAAAUCCAGUAUAAGAUGAUUGGAAUGAGAUUUCUGUUACAUUUUUUUUUUCAUAUUUUUAACCAGUGGUAAGCCCAAACAAACUAUUUAGAUGUAUCAUAAUGGGGAAUGGGCUUGUUCCUAAACUCAUAUCCAGUCAGUUAUGUAGAAAGAAGUUACCUAGGAGUUUAUAAACAUACCCUUAUUGGACCUGUGGUCUUUCAAUUGUUACUUCAAAUAUCCCUGCUGAAUUCAUGGAUGUUAUUGUUUGCUGUAAUCUUCAAUGAUAUUUCUGUUAUUCUUUGAUGAAUCCAACAGCCAAUCUGGAAGUUAAUUAAUGUGUAGUAUUUAUUUGGAUACUGUGACAACAUCAAUGUCGCAUCGGAGAUGGACUGUGAAUCAAAGCUACUUAAUUUGAAAGCAUAUUAAGCAUUGGGUGAAUUUUAUGUUUACACAGUUGGUCCUAAAUUUAGUUUUAACAAACAUCAUGUGUAUCACUCUAUUAUCAUCUAACAGAAGAAAUCAGAAAAGACAAAAGAUUGUUAGAGAGAGAGAAAACCCAAUUAGAAACUAUAAACUAUGCAAUUGAUUUAAACUUGUGACUACAAAAAAUAUCAUCUUUGCAAAUGUUCUUGUUGAAGGAAAUCAUAUUUCGUUAUUUAAAAAGAACUUUUUAGUUUGCCUGGUUUUGUUUCCUGUAUAAAACAGUUAGAAUUUAUUUUUUCACUUUUAAUCAAAUUGAUCACAAAAUGUUAUCUUAUCUAAGUAUGUGUGUUUAUUUAUGGGUAAGAAUGAAUAUUCAUUUCAACGCAAAUCUAGUCCAUUUCAUGUGCAUUUUUAAGAAGUUACUGCACAAAUCAAUUGUUAUUUUGUAUGAUAUAUAUAUAUACUAUUGCAUGUGGAUAUUUCUAUAUAUAUGUUGCUUACUAUUUUUUCCUUGGCGUUUAACAAUGAAAAACUCCUAGUCCUCAGAUAUACAGCCAUGCAUUGCUUUGCUUGAUACACAUUACAAAUUAAAUGAUGUUCAAAAAAUGCAAAAUUUAUUAUGAAGAAAAAGUGAAAAACUUGAAAAUCAAUUUUUAUAUGAAAAAAUCUCCCUAUGAAAGCAUCUUAAAAACAAUCCUCAUCUAAAUUCUUUUUCUUAAAUAGCAUAUAUAUUGGAAUUUCAGUACAGAAUAAGGGAAAUGAUUUGUUCCAGAAGACUAAAUUUCAAUUACACAACAUUUGGUAGUGUAAGAAUUUUUUCCCCCUAAAAUUGUAAAGGAAAACGAUUUUCUAAAAGAAAAGUUGCGUUCAGGGAAUCUGCAAAAAAGUAUUUUGUUUCGAUUAUAGAACUGAAUGAAAUAAACGUUUCUAGUGUUAGCAUAGCACCAUUCAUAAAUUAUGUAUUUGGUAUCUAAAUUUUCAAUUGACGAUGUUUAGAAUUUGCUAUGCAAGACAAUUUGAGGUUGUAUCUGAUAAGUAAAAUUGUAGGUAUACUUGAAAAUGAAUGAGAAACGUAUGGAGUAUAUGGACCGGGUAUAUAGAAGGUAAUCACAGAUACUUAAUUAACAUGCAUGCUGUCAAUACUGGUGUCACGGUUUUCGUUGUUAUUAUAGCUGAUGUUCUCUGUUUAUAUUUACCCCAUCAAUAAAUACAAUUUGUAAGCUAUGAAGACCAAAAUGAAUGAAUCGUUAGGCUUACUUUGUAAUAUUUUGUUUUGUUAGACUUAUAGAGGCAUCAUUACUACUGAUGUAAUUUAUUCAAUUUUGUGUCCGAUGUUUGUAUGUGCUAUGAUAACCUUGGUUGUUGGUUUUCUUUCAAUAUCGAAUGCAUAUGUUGGUACUUUUGAGGGAGGAAGAUGGCUUAAGAUAUAUUUGUGACAACAAUGGAAUCUCGUUAAUAAUUAAAAAAUUCACAAAAGUAAGUGUCUAUGAAAUAGCACUUUAAAGACAUUUGUAUCUUUCUCGAAAAAACCUGUCUAGAUUGACGAGAUUCCAAUGUUAAAAAGUGUCCUAAAAUUACUUACAGUGUGUUUGCUUACAAAGGCUAGGACAAAAUUAUCUAGAAAAAUUAACAAAAAAUACGAGUUGAUAUCAGAGGAUCAUCUUGCCACCUUACUUAAGUUACAAGACUUCUACUUAGCUGAAUUUUGAUGUCUAAUAUGUAAUUUAUAUACUCAUUGAUAUUUUUUAUCAUAAACCAUUUUUAGAAUAUCAUAUACAUAAGAGGGCGCCUAUGCAUUAAAGAGCUGUGAUUUUCAUUAAAAUUACAUCAUAAAGCUAAGUUAUGUUAUGUAUAUAUUGGUACAAGGCUGUUUCUUUUGCAUCAAAGCCAAGUCUUUUUGUAAAUAAUGAUAUUGUAUGAUGACAAAUAGAGGACAAUGAUUUAUAGAUCAGCUCUCUUAAGAUUUCUAUUACGUUUGUAGGUCAUUGGUUUUUAGGUAAACAUUAAUUCUGAGAUUAUGCCGAAGAAUUUCUAGUAAAUCUUUCAAGAAUUUACUUUUAACUUCUUCAAGUUAAUAGACGUAUGAUUAAGAUGUGAUGUCUAAUUACCUAUUAAGAUGAUUAUGGAAACUUCUACAGUAUUACAGACAAGUAUUUUUUUUUUCAAUCUGAAGAUGAAUGUCUGCUAUUUGAUGUCUGUUUAUAUGUUCAAAUGAUGAAAUAAGUUCGGUUUCAUGUUGGCACCGAACAUCUUUAACAACAUCGCCCACUACAGGAAUGUUUUUGAGCCAGAAAUCUCGUGAAUAACAUCAUUGGGAUGUUAAUGAUCGCUUUGAAGUAUGCACUCAUAAUACCGAAAUUUCGGAAGACAGUUGCUAUUCUCGAAAGCAAAUAGUUGAUAAUCAUUUUGUACCUGGCUUCGAUGCAAAGUAAAAGAGUUUGGUUCAACGUUUGAAACCACGUCUUCAUAAUUAUAUAGCAUGUGCUUUCAGGUGUUGGCUGCUCCUAUUAGGCUGUUCAGCACAUCUGAGUCACAACGAUAAAGGCAAUUUAUCUAUUGCGUGUAUUAUACAGUACAAAUAUCUUGACGUUUACGAAACCAGUGCCAAUUCUGUACCCGAAACUUGUAAAUGUUUAGAAGUAGGUCAAGUGCUAUGCUAGUUGUUCGUUAUGUUUACAUGGUGUUGCAAAUUUAGUUAUUUAUAUUCUUUGUUAAUCAUCAACAUUGUAUGCUCAAUACUUGCUUUGUCGUCAGGAUUCUUUUAAGUGAAAACAGUAUUUUGGAAAUUCAGAUUUUAGGAAAGAUUUUUUUUGGUCUGUUCAGAUUAUUUGUUGAAAUAUAAUGUAUGUUGGCGGACCAUGGCUAUUGACAAUGGGUAGUAUGAAGAUACUAACAACGUGAUCAUCAAAUUUGUUCACUUCGUGAAUCUUUUUGCAGGAAUAGAUUUGAUUUUUUGGAAAUUAGUAGAAAUGUGAUUUAAUGAUGAGCUAGAGCGUCAAGUUUGCUUUGUACAACGAAGAUCUUAGUUUACUGGGUUUCCGUGAAGAAAUACUUCCUCUAUACAAAAAGUCUAAAAAUCACCAUUGUUUCAUUUAUUGAUAUUGCUAUAAUUGAAGUUAUUUCCUCCACUCCUUUUGUAGUUACACACGAGUGUUGGGAUAUUAUCAUCCAUGUAACUUGUAUUUCUGUGGUAUCUGGGUGAAAUUAAUCAUUAGCAACUUACCCCUUCUCGAAGAUGACGACCUGUUUUGUUCCCACUCACAGCUUUGGUAGUUUAACAAUAUGUAGGUAGGUCUUGGGUACUGUAAAACAAUAAUAAACAAACAAUUGUGAUUUA